GUAACGUUGAUUGGAAUGUUCGCCAAAUCGUUUAUUAACCUGACAACGGAACAAUAACAGUAGUGACAGAAAAAAAACUCCCCGGACCGGUUCGCCACUUUAGCACAUUAAAACACGAUCAACCGCCAAUCAGUUCCAAUUAGCUGAACUACAUCAAACCAUAAAGCCUUGACACACUCCAGUCCACGAUGGAGCGUGCUCGUGUGUACCUCUGUGGACUAGUACUUGGCUGUCUCAUAGCCACUGUCAGGGCACAAUUGAACGAAAGCUUCGCGACAACCAUCGAACCGGUGAUCGACGUGUACGAUGCGGAUCCCAGCAAAAACGUUCUUCCGUUUGGUGGAGGUGAUACGGUAGAGCCGGGCAUGGAGCCCGGUGAUAAUUCGACGCUUCUUGAACCGACGACCACCGACAACCAUACCGCGAGCGGAACGAAUACAACGGACUACGAACAACCGCUCGAACAGACGACCCCAAAGAUCGACGACAACUACGUCGAAUACUUCAACAACCUGGAGAAGAUGCUGAACAAGUCGGACCCGGCCGGGGACUUCAACUAUCACUAUCCUGAUUCCUACGAUUACAACUUUAACCUGAGCAUUCCGACGCCGAAGAACAAUUCGAAUGAUGGAUUCUUUAAUGUCACUCCGGAGGUUCCCGGUCCCACUUUCUUAGGCUUGAUACCACCGGGUAUGCCCAACCUGCAGCCUCGCCUGCCUCCUGGCCAAAGCCUCUUUGGUGCUCUGCCCCCGGCGGGUUUAACCGAUUUGCAGCGCGCCUAUUCACCACCAGGCGGUGGCAUUGUGACGACGAGGCUCCAGACCAAUUUAUCGGCUUCAUCCGCCAGCUCGACCGCAAGUGAUAGAAUCUGGCCAGCGGAAACCUCUAGCUAUAGUGGUUCUCGUGAUGGCAUAAGGCUACGAACAGGGUUCAAUCCGAUCGAUUUAGGACCUGUAACGAAACCGACAACGACGGCAACGACGACGUCAAGGGCGUCCACCAUGCGCUCGACGAGCAAAACGAGAACCAAGAGCUUCAAAUCGGCCGCCACGCGAUCAUCCCGGAAACCCAAAUUAACGACAUCUACCACUACGAAGCGGUCAAAGCAGUUUCGAUCGGUUGAUGAGUCCCCGGCCACCUCCACCACAACUACCACGCAACCACCAAGAAGAUCGCUGAAGAAGCCUACCGCUGGCGUACUCCGAGAUCGGCGGCAUCUUGGUUCCAGGAACCGAACCACACCGAACACCAUCCGCCGGAGACGCACGAGGACGGGAAAACGGUUCCGAAGGCUCGGCAGGCCAACACCGACCGCAAGAAGAAACCGUAACCCGCUCCCUCGACCCCGUCAAAGGCAGCGACCAUGGGCCAUGCCACCGUUAAUGAUGGACUACGAGUUCUGGAUGUUCUAGAGGAAAUGAGAAGAAG